AUGGCCAUAUCUUACAAUUAUGAAUACCUAGCAAUGUUUACAGACACUGGUUUGUUAUGGAUAGGAUCAGCAGAUUUACAGGUGGGUAUAACACUGUCACAUUUGUUCAGCCCGCAAUUUCAGCUAUCAGAGGACGAGUUCCAGUAGCUAGCACCGAGUAGACUCGGAUUCUUCGAAAAUGAGAAGGAGUGGCGGUCUAAUUCUACUGUCAGUACUAGCUUUGAUUCUAUACCAAGGUUUGAAGAAAGCAUGUAAAAAGGAUUUGUUUAUACUACUUGAAUUUGAGGUAUCUUUUCUUGUGACAAAUGAAGACCCGUAAAAUUAAAAUUUUUGUAUCCGCCUUAGUUCUCCAUGGUGGGAUUAUCAUCAUUAAUUUAGUUUAGCCACUUCUUCCUCGGAAACCGUGCAAAAACAAAUUCUUGUUAUGGCAAUGUUGAUUUUUAUCGCGUUCACUUAAUUUGCCGACAUCUCCACAAAGCGAGUAAGCUUAGCAACCCGGGCCACUAGGCCAGGCCCUGAAGAGCUCAACUUAUUAAGUACGCCUGUAUUUCGUAGUUCUUUGAAUUUUGCAGUUAUUGUUGUAUUUCUGUCUUCUUUAGAAAGUCUACUGUGAGUUCAAUACUUCUUAUCCAUCAAGACCCAAGCAACUAACCUGGUAAGGACCAAGGAGCAAUUGUUGUUUCUAGAAUGAAGGCUCUCGUCUUUUAUGGCGAAUUCUCGCCCGGUUGGCCGGGCCAUUCUUUUGAAUUCAAACUAAGAGCCAUCGGUGUUUUUCUUUCUUCCGCUACUCAUCAAGCGACGUGUCGCUGCAACUAAUCUCCUGACCUGUACACAGGGAGUAAUCUGUUGCAGCAACGUGUUGCUGCAACUAGUCGCCUGACCUGUACACAGGGACUAAUCUGUCGCCACAACGUGUUGCUGCAACUUGUCUCCUUGUGUGUUCCGAUCUUUACUUAUUUCAACUUACCUUACAGGUGUGCAAUGGGUGCUGUCAUAUGUUACUGGGACGAUUAUUUGGAUGUUGUUGGACCGACAAUGGACACUAUUAGAUAUCCUUUGAUUAACAAGAUCAUUCUUUAUCAUGAUCCGACUAGCUUUCCAACUAUUUGCGGGUCAAGCUAUCUAACUGGUAGAGCAUGCUAGGAUUAAACAUUGUUCUUCUUGUUGUUGUAAAUGUUGGCUUGGCCAAGUUGGUAAUUGUGCUGUCAAUUAUUGCACGAGUGCGCGUUGGAUAUGAGUGGAAUAAUUGUUUAUUAAAAACGCCCUUCCCGACUUUAUUUGUAAGAACAACCAAUUUUCAAAUUUUGGUAUGUGGCUCAUAUACCAUGAUGGCUAAGCCAAUCAGAGCUCUUUAACUGCAUUAUCCAAUGGUUCAGUUUUAAUAAAUAUGCAUAUGCUACGGAUAGCACCUGACUUCUUAACAUAUUUCACAUAUUGUAUGGACAGUGCUGUUCAUUUAGUUCAAGAGUUAGAUGACGUAAGAAUCAUUGGUAAUGAGACUCAUGAACUGCUUCAGCGAGUUCCAGGUUGGUGAAUAUGAUUACGUUGAUUGCGGGCGGUUCUUCCUCCUGGCGAAACCUCCCUAGCAACGAGGAGCAAGAUGAAAUGGCUGUAUUAGCAGACUACAAGUGAAAAGUUUCAAAAUGCUCGCUGAUGUUCUCUCUUGUUCUCGAUUCAUAAAGCUAUCGAAAUACAGUAGCCAAAAAUAACAAUCCCUGUUGGUGGCCAGGAUGUCCUUGAGAUUUAUUUCUUCUCCACAGACAUUUGAUGCUUUUCCAAAUUACCUUCUUUUAAAACGUGUUGUUAUCUGUAGGUGCUUAAAGCGAAAUAAACUCUCGAGACUGUUGACGUAAACCUUUAGCUCAGUGUGGUCUUGCUGUGGCUUAUGUAUGAUUUUUCAAGUUACUUCCCGGAAGCAGAUGGGACUGACUCUACAUUCAGUAUUCCCCCCUUCAAAGCUGUCACGAAUAAGCAAGAAGCCCUAAACUUUAUUCCAGUCGACUUGUUCAAUCGGUUUACCGUCAAGUCGCCCGAAAUCAGAGUCAUGUCGCUCGAAAUAAACAGCGAUAUUUGCGUCUUUCUUUAACUUGACAUUUGCAUAGGUUACCGGACACAGCUGAGUCAACAUUUUUCGGCUAAAUUCCUUGCGAUAUACUUCAGAUGUUACUUCUGUUCAAGUUUAUACACUCGAUAAAAUUUUAGGCGACAUGACGUAAGAUUUCGGGCGACAUUACUCUGGUUUCAGUCGAUAUGACUUCGGGCGAGAUGACUUUCUAGCGACUUGACCGGUUACCGUUCAACCAGAACCAAGAGCGCUUGCUGUGCGUGAUCGGCAGUGAAAUGAAUUACCCGCCAAGUUUAAAAUUACAUGACGCCACUCUAACCGAACAAUAAGGUGGCGUCCUUGAAAUAACCACGCAGUAUGACACAGAACCAAGAAUAGAUUGAAACUAAUUUUCAUGGAAAUAGGGUCAUGUAUGGGGGAUUCGUUCGCUUAGAUCAUCCUCUCUUGCCAGAACCACUUCUUAUCACGAACGUGAGUAAUUAUGUCCGAUACUAGAGCAACUAUUUCUAUUCAUCUUUCAGCUGCUGUGGAACAAGUGUUUAAAAUCGGUUCAAUGGAACCAGGUGCGAUGCUGUUUGAUGCAUCAAAGGAAUUUGAGGCAAGCAAUGCUUCACCCUCCCUGGGAAAAAGUUGUCUCGGGUAAAAGGCUCAGCCGCCUACCCAAGCCAGUGGCGGAUCUAGGGGAGGGGUCAAGGGGGCUCGCCCCCACCCCCUUUAUUGUUAGACCACCACUGCGAGCCACCCUGGGCGAGCCUGUUGUUGGGUGACCUGUUUUCCUUGGUAAGGUCACCAUCCUAGCCUAUGGAACGUUUCUCUAUAUGAUAAAAAAGAAUCAGCUUUAUUUAUAUAGCGCUAUUUCAGUCCAAAAGCUCAAUAGCGCUUUACAGAAUUCAUAAGAAAGAACAAUAAUGAAUGAAGAAAAACAUAGCAUGAUAAUAAAAAGAAUACCUGACGAACAACAUUAAAGUUUCAACUUAAAGAUUCUAAACUACACUAAAAAGUAAAUCCCUAAAAAUUAAGCUGUCGUUCUGAUUCUUUCGUGUAUAUUCCUUGAAACAGAAAAAGAGCGCCCGAGCAGAAGAGUACAUUCGGAUGAUCAGAGAACGUCUUCCUGAGGCUGUCCAGCAAUGUAUCCACGCCGCUGCCGGGGAACAUGAGCCUGCAAUACAAAGAGGACUGCUGAGGGUGAGUAUAGUUUCAGAGGUAGUCAUGGUAACCACAUGAUCCUUAUGUUCAGUUGCUAUAUUUCGAUUCUCACAGCAACCCGCCCCCAGGGGGUGGGGAUUCGUUGACAAGUUUAAGGUUUCUUACACAGUGAUUGGUGUUCUGUAAACUGCUAGAUAAAUUUACCAUUGUUUGAAAAAUACAUUAUCUGUUUUCCGUGGCAAAAUCACCACCUCCUACUAAAAAUGUUUUGGUUAAUCUGCUGAAGUUCCUUCGCUUGGGCAUAAAUAGUUGAACGUGAUGCCGUGAAAAGAAAAUCUGUACUCAGUGUAUCAGGGUAAUUUGAAUUGAAAGCGAAGAGCGCCAAGAGUUCGUCCAUUAUGUUUCUAUUUGAGGAGUGUAGUAAGAGACAUAAAGGACUUCAUUAAUGCUUUCGACGAACGCGGCAUUCAGUGAUUUUUCAGUUAUACAGGAUGAAUUGAAAGUAUAGCAAAUCUCAGCGAGUGGUCAACAUUCGCCGAUAACACUGCUCUGUUACCAUCUACCAAGCGAUGUUUGUAACGUCGCUUGGUCAGAGAUUUUAGGCGGGAAAUAGUUCUCGUGUAACAUGUCAUGUGUCCUUGUAGUAACCAAUAAGAGCGCUCCGGCGGUCGAUGUUGGGGAAAAUUCCACCUAUAGUAUAACCGGUUUUUUUUUUACUGAUCUCAGCUGUAAUCUUUCCUUCUCUUUGCUAGGCUGCUUCCUUUGGUGAGAGUUUUCUAACUGAUAUGCCGCCACACGCGUUUGUUUUGAUGUGCCGGAAUCUUAGAGUGUUAAACGCCGUGCGGGACUACAUGGUUGGAAUUCCACUUACAUAUGGACAAUAUCCUUUAUCUUAGCCAAAUUUCAGUUGUUGCAAAAGCCUCGUCUCACAGGUUACGUUUUGCCCAAUUGCAGCAUGUGUUGCAGCAAGUGUACACUAUGCUAGCCUCCGUAGCAACACGAAAAUUUUUUUUCAUUUUUCGGGUUAAUUUGCAAUUGCUUAAAUUGGAAUUUCCGCUGCGACGAUCAUAUCUUCAUUGAAACUUGCAUUUCCGCAGUUCACAUCAUCUUCAAGUAAGUUAUCAUUGCUCUGGUCCCAACACUUUCGACGAACUUGCGCGGAAACUUUUUCUUCUUAGUCUAACACUAUGCCAGAUAGCUCUUGCGUCGGGACAGAAACCAUAUCGGAGAGUGUUUCUGUCCACACAAGAGAACGGUGAUUUUGGUGCGAUUUAUGUAACGGGGCAAAACUGCGGGGUUUAAAUUACUUUUUUUUUUUACAGGGAACGAACGAGAUAUGUUCCUUUUUCUGUUUUUUGAAGCGGAUAUGUUAAAAGUACGUUAACACAGUUUUCAAUUUUGGGGCUCUUAUUAAGUUCUUAAAGUGGGCUCCAUUUUGCUUUUUUGUCCUCUGAGAGUACUCUGGUUAUUUUCAAAAAUUAUCCAAUUUUGACGCCUUGACGAUCGUCUUAGACUGGAAAAACUAACAAUGAAGACCCUUAUCGACAGGUGAGUUUUGUUUUUGUCACGCUGUUUGUUAUCUUUUUAAAAAAGGUAAAACGUUCAAUGCUUAAGCAUUUUUUGAGGGGGAGGGGGAGGGGGCGGUAAAAAAGGUGUAUUGCAUAUAGCUGGAAAUUUUUUCAUAACAGUGCGCUCUCUCAUUGGUUUCUCCGAGGUCACAUGACCGUUACAGCGAGGGAAGCGAGGUUUAAUGAAUUUCCAGCUAUAUAGCCUCGGGAAACAUUGAGAUUCUCGGAAAACAAAUUUAACUGUUUCCUUCGAGACCAGUCAUUAAGUGUUUAAGUGUUUAUUGCACUAUGAAACGUUCAAUAAGUUCCGAGCUUCAGGUGAGAAUCAAACUUACGACCUUUCGAGUUCAAGAUCAGGACGCUCUCCCCGCUGAGCUGCUGGGAGCUCUAUAGUGUGGAGGGUCGAAAUUUUUAUUGAUUAUACACCAGACCCGCUAUAGUACAUAGUACGAAAUAGUACUUUUAAGAAAAAAAAUAGCAAAAUUGAGACGAUGUAUGUCCGAUAACCUUUCUCUUUUGCCUGACUAAAAUGGUAACGUGGUUGGACUUAAGUCAUUUCUAAAUAUCAAAAUUAUUUAUAUUCCUAGUGAAUAUAAAACAAGUUGAAGCAAAGUUUUUGUUUUUUUACUUGCCUACUUUCCGUGUCUAAACCGUGUUUACUACAUUGAUUUUUCCACCAACAGACCAGUCCCUGGAGAUGGAAUUAUUACCCUUAAGUUUAUUUUAUUACCGUUUAUUUUCUGCUCCUGUAGGCUUGUUUUGAGGCGUCACUACUGUCUGGCCAUAAGAAUCUGUGAUUACUGGAAGAUUCCUAAGGGGGAGGGUGCCAGUCGCAUCCUUGGACACUUGGCUCGUUAUAAAGUGGGUGUAACCAGCGGAUACCGGUUGGCUGUUACCUAUAUGUAAGCAGGGGUCUUCCCGCAAUCAGCUUAUGGCUGGUAAUUAAUAAAAUUGGUAAUGGUGAAUUAUAGUUGUGGCAGUAGACAUGACUGGAGUUGGGUGUCCCGUGGUUGUUUCAUGUGCUGAAUUUGGCUCAUUUCUCUUCGUGUUUGUGUAUCUAUCAACCUAUGAAAAGAUCUGUGUAUUUAUCAAAGAUCACAAAAUCAACCUAUGAAAAGAUGUGGAUCAAUUAGAGUGGAUUGUACGCGGUGAAGACAGCGUGGCCAGGCGCCCAUCGCGUUGUUUUCGCAAUCCGCCGGUCCCGGGUUGGAGUCCCACUCUAGCCACUUGCUGAAUUUAUUCGCGGUAUUUCCAAGUUCAGAUACCCGGUCAUGCUUGUAAAUGCUUGUAAAUAGCCAUCUGGUUGCCUCCUGCCAGUUGGGGUUUUUAAUCCUGUUGUGUUCUAUUUCCUCAAUAAAUAAACAGUUGGACUUUCACGUGGCUGGCCGGAUGAUCGCAUUGAAAUUAACUUCUCCGCCCUAGUAGAAGACAAUAGUGUCCGUAAAUAGUUUUUCUUGUGUUAAAUAUAUUGACAUCUCUUUCGAUCCUUCACUUCUUCAAAACUUGCUUUUCUUGUUUAAACAGGUUCAGCAAGCCAAUGUUGAUGACGAAGAGAUUGCUCGUGCCAUCAACUCCAAGCUCGGAGAGACUCCUGGGAUAUCUUACUCAGAAAUAGCUUCAAAGGCAGUGGACUGUGGACGAACGCACCUGGCCAUCAAGGUUAGUUGAGAGCAUUCACAUGAACAGUAUAAUUAUAGACUAUACUUUCCCAGUUCAAUUUGGGACAUAAACUGGUGUCUUCCGUUAGUAUUUCCUUGCUAAAUGCACAAGGUUCAAAAUAACGUGGGUUGAUAUAGAAUGGGUUUUUUACCUGCGGGAUUGCGUUUACUGUGAGUAAUCAAGAAUUUUUUCCGUACCUGGAGUAUUAAGACCUCGCUUGCUUUCAGCGCUGCACUUUAUCAGCCAGCUUAAGCAAAGACGACGACGACGGCAGUGAAAACGUCACUAAGAAAAUGAAUUUCCCGCGUCCUUUCAAUCUUUAUCGCGUCUAUUUGGAACCGCUUAAUUCGUUAAAUGUAGGCGACUUUUCCUGGAGUUAAAUUCCUAUUGUCUUUAUCCAUCUUCAAAUAGAGAACAGAAAAUUUGUUUUCGUAUGUCCACGUCCUCCAUAAAACGUCGCAUUGGGAGGUUUCACGUCGUAGUCGUGCAGUGGACGUCAAAGAAAUGUACCAAAAAGCGUGAUUCACGUGCAGAGCAGUCGUUUUGCUCAUAAAACCAAUUGUUGUUUGACGUUGAUGCCGUUGCAAAACAACGGGCGCUUUCCAUUCAACCAAAACGUUCGAAAAUUGGAAACAGCGGCAAAUGGUACAGAAAUGUCCAGGAAAAGUUUCCAGAAAUUCCGAAAGAUGUUGAAUUUCCGAAAUGUGAACCAUGCAUUCAAUCGAAAAUUCUAGAAAUUCCCGGAAGCAAAGUUCAAUGAACAAAAAACUUUCGGAAAAAUUUUUUUUAAAAUUUGGGCACCCGUCGAGAAAAAAAACUUACGGCUGCAAAGAAGAGCAAUGGGGGAAAGGAACAUCGAGGGUUUUAACAACUGAAAUUUUUAAUUCAAUAUAAAAAAACAUGUUGAAGUUUUAUGCUCUAGCCCUUCGUCAGACUGACCGAAGGGUUAGCACUCGAAAUGUCCCUACUAUGCCAAAUUUCCUAUGUGAACUUAAUUGAUUAAGAUAAAUUCUUAGCUUUCACCGUGGUUCGCUCGAGGGGUUACCAACAUGCUCGUUUCAUGGGACGUCAACAACACCUGGAACAGACCGGAUCAAUCCCAGUAACUCACUGAAUAACGAAAGGUAAGGGAUAGUGCCUCUGAGAAUGAUCUGAUCCGGUUCUGCGGUCCAGGUUUUGCCUACGGCCUUUCUCGUGGCUUCGCCGCCUGUGCCUCCACGAGGAGACCUGCUUACAGCCUGGCUUAAAGCCAGCCUUGACCUCUAGCUGGAGCAAUCUCACCAUAGUAAGUUCGUCGUUUGACAAUCGGUAAACGAGCCUAUCAUAGCCAAUUCAUGAUUCAUAAUGUAUCUUUCAAGAUGCUCACAUCUUCUUGUUUUUUUUAUUUUUUUACCUGUAGCUUUUGGACUAUGAGGCGGAAGCCGCUGACCAAGUUCCACUGCUCAUGAGCAUGAAUAAAGAUGACCUAGCGCUCGAGAAGGCCAUUAUGAGUGGAGACACGGAUCUGGGUGAGUUGUGAGUGGGUACCACUGCGGUUAGCUACAGCAGUUUGGUGAUCUUUUUAGUCCGUUUUGUUUCGUCGUUGUCGCUCAAAAGCCGACUUAUAGGAAGGUCUAUCGUUAUGUUGAAAUUGUACCAAAGGUUCAAAAAAAUUAAAAUCAACUUUUUCUCAGCCUAAAAGUUGGCGUUACACUAGCGGUGUUACAAGCACGGGCAGAGUUGCAAACCGUAAAACAUUUUCGAACUUGUUUUGUAGCUUAUUAUUCUGAUCUUUUCUUGCCGUUGACACAAUUUCAAGUAUAUCUCAACCAUCUUGAUCCUUACAUGCUCUCCUCCAAUGGUAACAGCUUUCUCUGCUCAGGUGAUCACAAUUGAUGGAUCCAAACCGCCGUCAUCCAAAACCCGCCUACUUGAUUUUCCUCUGUAUCCAGAUGACAUUUCAUUUGUGUUGUCUUUUUUUUCUUUCUAGUAUUUAUGGUUGUUAUGCAUUUGAAGGAUAAUCUAAUUCCUGGCGAGUUCUUGAUGGCCAUACGUUACCGUCCUGUGGCACUCAGCCUCCACAUCAAGGUGAGUCUAUGAGAAAAGAGUUGUGUAAAUGAGUGUGUAUUUGUUCAAGGCUCCAACCAAGAGAAAACGUGCCGUAAGGUCCUUCAACGUAACGCUAAUAUUGUAUUUGCUAGGAAACGUUUUUCCUUUUAUGCGUUCACUCUUUAAGAGCGACUUUCUGUAAAUACCACGGAUAGGUGUGCACGAUGGAAAAAUCGAAAUCUCCCAAACUUUGUCACAUUAAAGCCCUUAUGAAACUAUUAAGAAAAUACAAGAUUCAGUUUCUUGUGAUUGAUAUUUUUCAAAAUAAUAAUUUUUUUGAAUUUUCACCUCCGAGAGGCCCUCAAACCACCGAAAAAUGCCCUUCGCAUCCUCGCAUGAUGAAUAGAAACGGAAACAAAUAUCAUGACUAUUGCGAUGUAAGAUGAUUUUAUGACCCUUCCUUUGUAUGAAAACGUUGUUAUAAUUUCACAAGAUUCCAGUCUGAAUUUUUAAUUAUUUUUCAAAAUCACCCUCUUAAACAGUUUUAUCGCGACUAUCAAUUUUGCCAUUUUUCAACGGCAAAAAACCCUUCCUGGUACAUGGCUUUCGUUCUGCAAAUGCUAUUCCAGAGAAAGAGCAAUCCUUCUUCUUUCAAUUUAUGAAAUAAAAUUUUGGGGCAAUUCAAAGGGCAAGUUUUGAGAACUGAAAACAUUAACGGUACUCGCGUGAAAUUUACAACUUUUGAACUUGUGGUUGUAAUGACGAAUACAAGAGUAAAGUUGGACAGCAGUUUAAAUUCUUCGCGAAUUUGAUCCUUUUCCACCAGUUCAAAAACUAAACAAACGAUUAUUGACUUCAUAGUGGCAAUUAUCCGAAAGGAACAGCAUUUUUAUUGUGCGAAAUUGAGCUGUAAACAUCUUGACAACACUUCCCGUACGUGCGUAUUUGUUUACUUUGAAGCCUGACGACUUGUGCCAGUCAUUAUCGCAAUAUUCUAUAAAUAACAAGUAUGCAUCAAAAUAUUCGCAUUUCGUCUGAAAGAAAUCGUAAAAGCAAUGACGGAAGAAUAAGACAAACAUUUACUCACCUCGAAUAUAUAUAUUUUUGAAAAAAGACCAAAGUCCCGCAGCUAAACUAGAUUGCGUGACAUUCUCUUUGACAAGAACAAGUAAGAGGGGGUGGGGGUUGGGGUUGGGUCCAAGGCAAACAAAACUUUCCCCAGUACUUCUGAUUGACAAUGCAUUCUGAGCCAUAAUCGCUAAGAAAAAGCUGUGUAGGCUUUCCAAUAAUAAUAAUAAUAAUAAUAAUAAUAAUAAUAAUAAUAAACUUGGGAGCAGGAGCCGAUCUCUUGUUGGGAAUUUAAAAAAAUCCCCAAAUCCCAACCCCUCCCAGUAGUUAGUUAUUGCCUGGCACAAAAUAGUCCAGUUUCGAAUUAAUCGCGGCCGCUGAAUAGAAGCACUGAAGACUCAUUUAUACAGGGUUAGCCUCGGCCUAAAGUAAAAUAUUCACAAAUACCAGCUAGAAGGUGUCGGAAUUUCAGUAAAAAACAAUAGAAACAGUUGUAUACAAGUCUUCUUCUGACUGGAAUUUGUGAAUAUAUAUAUUUACCUUUGAUCGAGGUUAACCCUGUACAAAUGAAUGAACGCCUGGGAAGAAAUAAGUGAUGGAAUAAGGAUCUGAAAAUCAAAGAAUGUUGAGGCUGGAAUGUUAAUUUGAUUAGUCGGUACAGACCCUAACUGUUAUGACAACUGCAUGCCACGAGAAGUUCCCCAAGUAGAGACAAGUAAGGAGCUUUGCGUCGUCCUUUGAUGUUCAUCACUUCGAUGUCAAAAUGUUCGCAAAUGGAACGCAGCAUGGAAACACUUAGGUGUCGCAGUUUACCUGCCUUGUGCAUGUCACAUAGGUUGAAAGUGUCGAAAACAAUUGGGUGCCUUAUUCCCACCUCCUCUAACACAACUGCGCGAACAUUUUCGUGCGCGAUUUCCUCUUCAGCGGCCAUAAUAUCCUCGUCUUGAUCAGAUUCUGGAUCUUCUGAAUGAGAAUGCCGGAGUUUAGAGGCUCGUCUUGAAAAAUAUGACUGAAUUUGCUGUUCGGUCAAAAAUUCACUUACAGUGAACAGCUUUUCCCCUUCCUGGUUUCGCGCGUAACGCAUGUCACGUGCAACAUCCACAGGAUCAAGUUUCACUCCUGUUGCUUGCCCGACGUUAAAUUUCCCGUCUAAGUACUGUCGCUGGGAAUCACUAAACCGUGUUGCCUUUCUAGCGGAUCUUAAAGCCCACCCUUGUGGAAGAACCUCAGUUGUUACCGGGCAUUGACUUGACUCAGCUUUCACGGAUGGCAGGUUGCUCGCCUCACAGAGUAGUUUAUCAUGGUAUAAUACUUUGGCCUUAUCCAUAAGACUUUCUCUGACCGGUAGAAACUCACAUUGCCCAUACAGCAAGUAAUUUUCCAAAGCAUAGUGACGCUGAAACAUCUUAACGCAACCCUCGUGCGGACAAGAAAACAUAGCGCUCAGGUCUCGGUCUUCUUCCUUCUCAUCUGGAUGUUGUUCACCAGUCUCUUGAAAACUGGGUUUUUGCUUAUCGACCGCCUGAGGUACCUCUGAGAAGUCCCCUGAGGAAAACUGGCACUCAAAGCCGGGCGGCUGUGAGUAAUCUGGAACUAAAAAACCAAAAUGAAAAUGUAAUACCAUUACACAAGAUUCAGCUCCGCAAAUGGACAGUGUUUUUUUCAUUAUUGUUGUUGUUGUUGUUGUUGUUGUUUAGGGGUAUUUCGCGCAAAGGAUAAGUAAUAGGUGGUAAACUAGAGUGUGGAGCACGAGUAUAACUUCAAUAAGAAAAAGAGUUUUUUUUAUUCCAGUGUUUUUUUUCUUGUCACUGUUUUUUUUUCUUCUUCUUCUUAUAAAAAAUUUCAUGCCGAGCGUGACGGCAGCAUAGAACCUUGUACUCCACAUUUAAGGUUAAAUAAGUUGAAUAAAUGAAAAACUUUUCCCCAUUUGUUUUGCAUACCUGGUACCUUCUUUCCCUCGCCAACAUUGUACGCUUUCCAAACAGUGAUAGUUUUCUCAGAAUACAAAAAGUUGUUUAAAGAGUUAACGCCAGACCACUUCCGUGAAAGUUGAGCAUCCCUUUCGGUACUAUAGGCAUCAGCAAUAACCGCUCUAACAUUUGGUAUUCCACCAUUUGAAAGCAUGGCAUUCAAGAAGUCAUUAGCAUUCAACACAUCAUGACCUUCGUUGAUGUAUCUCCUUACAUGGGCUUUGACAGUAGCCGCCUUUCUGUCGCAAGGACCUUUCCCUCCCUGAGGAUAGCUUAAGUCAACCCUUCGUACUGCGAUACCAGUUUUAGAUUCCAUUUGAGCACAGCUUGCGAGCAUUUCAGCAGAAUGGUAGCAACCGGCGUUGUCUUGCCGUAGAAAAGCAGUUGUCAAUUCGGGAUGCUCAUGUUUCAGGGUCCGUAAAGUAUGUUCAAUUAUUCGCACAACAGUGUAGCUGUCCUGCUUGCAGUUCUCCAAAACAUGCACAAAUGCCUGGUGUUGAAAACAUUGCUUGAUCUUGCGCGCAACCACACUUAUGUGCCACGAAAUUCCUCGCUUACCAAACCAAUCAGAUUGCGACCCUCGGUAUUUUUGUGGGAGGAAUUUCAUGGCCCAGUCCUGAGUUACGUGAACAGACCUUUCAUCAAGGGUAUUCAGAAUGGAUGUUCUUGCCUCGUCCUGUCUGCAACUUCGAAGCUGAUGUGCUUUCCACCCUUUGAUGCUGUCUACCGCUUGUCGGCAAGAAUACUUCAAAUCGUCCAAUUCCUCUGGACUCACUUCACAGUCCACAAAACAAUUUUCGACUUUUUCUAGAACGUCCUUCAGGGUCUCACAUUGCAUACAGCGUUUGUCAUGUGAAUGAUUGCACGUGCUUUUAAAUGGAUCCUCCUUACUAUCAAUCAAAGCAUACGUACUGCAGUGAUCCGCAAUGGUUACAGAUUCAGCAACAUGAGCCUGGAAAAAUGGCAAAAAUAUUUUGAGACAAUGCACUAUAACUUGAUAAUAAGUAAUUGAUUCGAAAAAGAUUGUCAUUAGAAAGCGUAAAAGCAGAAGCCAGUGCAUUAAUAUCAGGCUCUUGUUUGAUCUUGUGAACAGCCACUUCAAAAAACUGCUGACUGUCGCCCAUGCUCUCGCGCUUUCACAAUAUGGCAAGCCUUUUCAAAUCAAAUACUUUGAUUACAACUGAUAUACCUUAUAUUCAGCCUUCAAUUAAUGCUUUGCUUCCUUAAGAGAUUUUUGAUAAUGGCUCACCAGGUCUCUUCUAAGAUCGUACUCUCCUAAACGGUCCAAAAUUCGGUGCAAAUCAUCAAAUCCUUUCGCUCCCUCUGCCGCAAUGUAAUCGAGUCCUUGCAAGGAUUUCCUAACCGUUGCGCUACAACAAGACAAAAUGCGAAGAAUGGUCGAUGGACUAAAUGGCUUGAAAUUUGUUUCAUAGCAGUACUGCAUGUUUUGCUUAACAAUACGCUGUGGUAUCAUAUUUCGUAUCACAUUGGCUGUCUCCAAAACUUUACCAGUCGAAGGAUGUAAGUACCGCUGGCCAAAAGGGAGGUUUUGAAUGAUGUGGGGGCUUGUAAUGAAUGAUAUGAAAUGGUCCAGUUGAAUGGUGUCCACACGCAUUCUUGGGCUUUUUUUCAGGGGUAGUGGAACACCUCGGCCGUACUCUAUUUUGUGCUUCCUGGCUAUGGCAAAUUUGAAUUCAGUGAUGCUGGGUAUGUAGGCCUGGAUUUUCUCUAAGGAAGUAAGGUCCGCCAUGACUGAUAAUAUUUGACGGCGCGUCGCCCAGCUUGAUGCGUUGUUGUACGUUUCAGCCAAGGCCUCCAAAUAUUUCCCAUCUGACUGAGACUCCUCUGCUAUCCCCAAAGCUUUCUCCACAGACUUAGAUUCCUUUAGCGCCUCCCAUAAGGGACCAGCAUCACCAGGUGCAAUCACAUUCAGAGCUGCUACAAUUGAUUCUUUAGCUUUUGAUACGCGACUUCUUCUAGUGCGCAAACUUGUGUCUUGCCAUUUUUUCUUGUACACGCCAACAGUAUUUCCAACGUUGCAGGCACUUAAAAAUUCAUUUAACUUUGUUCUCUGUGCUCCUACUGUACGUUGGUCCUCGGCACCGGAAGACUCACUACUGUUGCCUGUAUCUUCUGGAAGAUAAAGACUUGUUUCCUGCUCAAUAAAGAGUUGGCCCAUUGAUUGAGACAGUUGGUCGGCCUGCUAAUGAAAAGACACCUUAUUGCUUAGCCAAUGCCAAAAGGGAAAUUGAAAGUUCCUAAUCUAGUUAAAGGUCUCUGUAAUUACAUAUUUUUAGAAGCCUUCUAUUCCAAAAACAAUGAAAUUUAAUCAAUGCACUCAUGUUUAAAUGCUCCAUCAGUUGACAAGUGUUGAAUCACAUUCGUACCCAGUCUUCCGAUCGUUUAUAAAUUUGGCCAAUUGUAACGUCAUACAUAUUACUCGACUCCUCCUUAUCUGAAAUCUCGUAAGUUUCUAGUGAGUCCUCUAACACGUUCUUCCGGAGAGAAGUCCGCACUUUGAUGAAAAAAAUUGUUAAAUUUAAAAGUUGUUUUUUCGUGCCGCUAGUUUGAGGCUACAAAUGUUUUUUUGCUUUUUUCUUGGUUUUGUUUUGUGUUUGCUUUUUUUCUGAGCUUCCCGGUCCCUUCAGUUCCACACCCGAGAUUUGAAAAGCAACUAUAAUAUACCGACUGUUAGCCUAGAUAUAUCGUUCUUUUAACCGCACAACUUGACCCUGGUAUAAUUUAACUUACAACGUCAAGUGGCGGCUCUCCUGGACUUGAGGAAGUGGAUUCUGUCUCUUCGCAAUCCUUGUCUCCACGUGUUUCAUCUUGGGAUUUAGGCGCUGUUAAUGUUACCUCAUCGUCUUCCCUUUGAAUGCUUAGUCUUGUUCGACAUUGUUUGCAUAUAGCUAACAUUGGAAUAAGCAGAUUAAGUCUCUGUCAUUAUUUAGCCGUAACCAGUAUAGAUAAUAGUCUAGAAUUGCCUACUCCAAAUUUCUCCUCGACAAUUAAUUAAAAAAAAACAAGAAAGAAUUUUGUCAGAAAAGAAAUAAAAGAAAUCAUUCAAUUGCACUAACGGCACAAAUCAGCAGUCUUAAAACAUUUAUUAGAACACGAUGAAAAAGUGAUUCUUCUUUAAAAUUGUUGGACAGGUUAUUACAGCCUAAACGUCGCGUGGAUCAUAGCAGUAGUACUUACGAGAACCCACGGGCAAUAUAAUUUGCGUCUGGAUAUACAGGUUUCUCGACUGAGCCAUGCUUAUCCCUCGAUCUCCUUUCUGGUUCUUUUCAUGCUGUUUCCACUUGUCUGGACAAGAACAGUUCUUCUUGUUGUUACGCCAUCUUAUUCCCCAAAGGUCCCGGUGACGAGGACAUAUCGUUGUGUUCAAAUGCACCUCAUCCAUUUCAAAGCAACCUUGCAAAAGAUAUUCAUAUGUUUACUUAACCGCUUGGCUAGGGCCAGGGUAAAGUUUGGUUAGGCGUAGAGUUAGUCCUAAAUCCCUAGGAUUUGUUGCAACAGCAUAGCGGGCAAUGAUGCGGAGUACAAUUGUAUUGUUGGAUGCUUCGGCGUGUGUUUCUGACAUCAUACGAGCACAUUAUUAUUUUGCUCCCCAGUGCAAAUUGGUCACCUUGGUCAUGUCAGGAGCCCAUGACACCAUGUUCGGUUGUCCGCCACCGGUCCAAACCCCUGGGAGACUCUAGGGGAGGCAGGAAAUUUGUCCCACCUAGGCCCUUCGUAAGCGACAUCUCAACCAACCUCGUCCCCAGGGCUGUUAGGUUGACUUCUAAACUAGUUUUGCAGUUUUAUGUACAAUCAAAACGUUAUUGUAUAACGCCGGCGUAAAAGUGAGAUGCUUUCGGUUCUUUUCGUCGGGAAAGAGUGUGCCACUACUUAUACGUAAAGGACUUUACGCUCAUCACGUCAUCUCUAGUUACAGGGAAUUGUUGCGAUGAACAAUUUUUCGAAAGCACCCAGUAUUCUAUGGUGCUUUCUAUGCGGGGAGGCUCCACCCGAAAGGGGUACCCUUUUCAAACGCUUUAGAGGGUAGGGGUCUCACAAGUUCAAGAUGAAAGUAGUGAACGGCUAAGGAAAUCUGUCAUUAAGUUUAAUUUAGUUUUAUUUAGUAUUUCCUUGAGAGGUGCAGCGCAGAGGUACAUUUUUAUCAAAUUGGCGUAUCAAAAGGUAAGGAUUAGACGUCGGGCCUCCAACACUUUGAUGAGUAACCCCCCCCCCUCCCCCCUAGCAGUUUUCGACUUUACGCGAUAUUUUGGCGCCACAAAUCUGACACAGAAUUACAGCAGAAGAAAACACUGACCUGCUCUGGCCAAGAGUAACCUUGCUUCAUCCAAGGUAGAGUCCUUUACAUUUGUGAGCUUGCUUCAGAUGGCCUUGAAUAUCCUUACCACAUUCUCCAAUUAAAGCGCACUCAACAUUUGCAGGAUUGGAAACACUUGGACCACACGCCCCUCCAACGAGUUUCGAAUAACUACAGGUAGCCAUUAACUACUCACUUUAACUAUUCACUUACACGAAUGGAAAUAUAAAACAUCAAGCGAAACUACAAGCGAAGAUCCGUUAAGACUUCAUUGUAUAAUGUUCUCACGUUCGCGAUGGAAAAUGAAAUUGUCGUACACUGAGCCACGAUGGCGCGCCAUCGCUUCCUGACGUAAUGCACGUGCCAAGGUACAUUGGCAAUUUUAAUACUACUUCAGUCAAACAUAUAUCUUUCAAACACGAAGAAAAUCUUUCUUAUUGGUUUUAUUGGCUGUAUUAGUUUGUGUUAUAAUUAAUUAUGAAGCGGUUAUAAGUUUGUAGAUUGAAUACGAAUUAGAACAGAGAUCGAGUAUUUACAUUCCUCGAUGAGAAAGUAAACAAAAAUGUAUCGACGCUUCUGGAAUAUAUUUCUAAAAAGAAGGAAGCUCCUUUUCGGCGUAAACUGAAGGUAAGACAGUACACAAUAAAACGUAACCAGUCUUCUUUUAAUAGCUAAGGGAAAAGGCCGCAUUAUUAGUAAAAUUGCAACUGCGGUCCAACUUUACUCUUGUAUUCGUCAUUACAACCGCAAGUUCAAAAGUUGUAAAUUUCACGCAAGUACCGUUAAUGUUUUCAGUUCUCAAAACUUGCCGUUUGAAUUGCCCCAAAAUUUUAUUUCAUAAAUUGAAAGAAGAAGGAUUGCUCUUUCUCUGGAAUAGCAUUUGCAGAACGAAAGCCAUGUACCAGGAAGGGUUUUUUGCCGUUGAAAAAUGGCAAAAUUGAUAGUCGCGAUAAAACUGUUUAAGAGGGUGAUUUUGAAAAAUAAUUAAAAAUUCAGACUGAGAUCGUUUGAAAUUAUAACAACGUUUUCAUACAAAGGAAGGGUCAUAAAAUCAUCUUAUAUCGCAAUAGUUGUGGUAUUUGUUUCUGUUUCAAUUCACAAAGCGAGGAUGCGAAGGGCAUUUUUCGGUGGUUUGAGGGCCUCUCGGAGGUGAAAUUUCAAAAAACUUAUUAUUUUGGAAAAUAUCAAUCACAAGAAACUGAAUCUUGUAUUUUCUGAAAUAGUUUCAUAAGGACUUUAAUGUGACAAAGUUUGGGAGAUUUCGAUUUUUCCAUCUUGCACACCUAUCCGUGGUAUUUAUAGAAAGUCGCUCUUAAGAUCACAAAAAUGACGUCAAAAUGUUGGAGGAGUGAGUGGUUUUACGGCAACGUUUGUACCAUCUAAUGUCAAUUCUUUGAAAUGUCGGAGCCUCGGCAGUGAAAAAUAGCUACCUGUCUUUAGCUAGCUAUUUGUUGUUGUUUUUCUACAAUGUCUUGGAGAAUCGCGCUCAACAGACAGAGGCGAGAAGGAUCUUUCGUUUCUAUUCUCUGUACUGUCGUGAGAAAAACCUGUCGACCAAUCGGGGCGCAGAAAACACUCGGUUAUUGUAAAUCAUUAAACUGUGUGGCAGGCGUCUUAAGAGGUAUUGAAAAAAGUGAAAGUGGGAAAGGGAAGCCUGCUCUAGGACCACCUUUUUCAUUUCUACUACCUUUUCCCUUCACUCUCUUUCCCUCUCCCUCCCCCUUCCCUCGUUUUGUACCUGCCACGCAGGCUAUUGUGAAACCUAUAUAUUCACUUUGGCAUGACUGUGAUUUCUCUGCAGUACUGUAAGGAUCAGGAUCGCCGUACACUUGUAGACCUGUUCUACCAGGAUGAACAGUUUAUUAACAGUGGUAAUGCCUUUGUGCAAGACAGCUAUAGCGAGAAGGUAUCAUAUAAAGUAGCUUGAAAUGCUAUCAUGCUUAGGAGGGGAUCUGGUCGCAAGUUGUUUUAUUAUUUUAUUUCUUUAUUGGCUUAAUAUGUAAUUUCAAUUCUGAGCAAAGGUGCGCACGCUUCACUCCUUUUCUUCAUGGCGUCAUAGAAUAUUUUUGUUGUGACUUUAUCAGACUACCAAGUUCCGCUUUUACCUCAUUUCCGCAUGGCGUUUUCCGGUUAGAAAAUGGGAGAAACUUACUCCUCUUAAGGUCAGCAGCACUCUUGUUUAUUUUGAACGUCAUCGAGAGCCGAGAAUACGUGUAGCAACUCUUAUUUUUAAUUUAACUCGUUCAUCUCUUGUUCUUAAACUGGAAACCUUUACCAAAAUUCGUUUUAAUCAUAACCAGUGAUAUCUACUACACGUGCCCUUAUUGUUGCCAGCCCUCAAUUCGGCGACCACGUGACCAAAGAAACGACAAGAAUAGGAGUCGACUUAAGUCAACAAGGUAUCUGAUAUUUUUCACAGGUGUCGUAGAGCGAACAAAGCGCGCACGCCUGAAAAUCGCAACUUGCAAGGAAGGCCGUCACACAAAGGGUUAAAUGAGUUGCGUGACGCCUUCAGGUCGCUCUUGCAAUCUGGUCCUCAGAGCUUUUCUUAGCCUUGUCUGGCAGAACAGUCACUUUUAGUGCUAAACCAGCAGGAUCAAAGCCUUGGGAAGGUCAUGUUGCAGCUGCUCGGAAGAAAAGUCACCAGUGGUGCCUAACCCUGACCCCAAACAAUACUGAAACAAUUGAAAGAAUGACAUGUCAUUGUUUUCUGCGGCCAAUCAGGAGAGACCUUCCAAGCAGCUCCUACACAACUACCUUGGGAAGGAUAUUGGCGCUGAUGCUUUUAUUCCUUGAGAAAUGAGAGGCAAUUCGUUAUCACCCGUCAUAGAAUAGAAUCAUGGUUUUCGUAUCACUUGUCAGUACAUUUGACAUAAAACCUGAUUUCUCAUGAUUUUCUUCUAUUUUUAUUGUUUAGGCAGUAGAAUCCAAGAUAAUAACAUUGUCUAAAGCACAGAUGUCUUACCAGCAAGGAGGAUUUCAGUUCUACUCAAAGGUGUGUGCUCUUGACUUUGUUUCUUUGAUUUAAAAUACUCCAAACUCCACCAACGCUAGGGUCACCCAUUUCUUACUACAGUAAAACCUCUAUUAAGCGGACCCCCAAUUGCGCGGACACCCUUUAUUAAGCGGACUCUAAGCCGGGUCCCGAAAUUAAUGUCUUAUAUUAGCCUUUAUGACGAAUCCCAAUUCAGCGGACACCUCUAUUAAGCGGACGAGGACACUAAAAUAAAUUGUAUUUGGCUAAUUUCUAUUGUUAAAAACCUCUAUUAAGCGGAAACCGGACUGAAUUGACAAUAGUAGUAUUGGAUUAUGUCCUUGAAAUACAUACUGUAGUCGAUUUAUAAGGAUAAAUCAAUACAUUUAGCUGUCAAAAGUUCACCUAAAAGUCUUGCACCAUGUAAAGCACAGCUUCCUUAGCGUCCUUAACAACAUGGAACUUUAUCACAGUACAGAGUAACCUUUGAAUGUUAAUCGUUAACAAACAAUGUGCAAUUUUUACAAAACCUCUAUUAAGCGGACACUUGGGAAGGUCCCGAAGGUGUCCGCUUAAUAGAGGUUUCACUGUAUGUGGGAGGAACAGAAGAGGGACGUUGUGUCUUUCCUAGUAAUCUAGGAUACGGGAUAAACUUGCGAUAUUCGAACCAAAAGCACCCAGAAACUCUCCAGUCCUCUGUGUUUGAUUAACAAAUGCCUUGACUGUGCUCUGUUCUGUUAUAAAUCACGAAGAAAGCGCCGGGCUAGGGCACGAAAGAAAUGUAGGGGGAAACACGAAACGUAGUCGAGUGUUUCUCCCCACUUCUCAAGUGCUUUGUAACAUAACAAAGCACAGUAAAGGUUUCUUUAGUAGUUUUAUGAUAAAGAAUCCGUUAAAUUCGCCACAAAUUACUUUCUAAUUUUCAAAACAAACUGAUAAACACGCUUUUUAAGCCAAUCAGAGUGCGCGUUAUACUGCUCUGAACUAUAAAUAUCUCAAUAAAACAUUUCUUGUCAGUGAUACAUUCUAUAUACGCGCGAUUUAAUUUUUUAGGCAACAGAAGAACAAAUGAAACUCAUGGUAUAAUAUCAAGUCAAACUAGAAGAGAAGUAAAGAAAGACAUUUAUGGACCUGUCUUUCAGUGAUACUAUCUACCAGGUGUGAUAAAGACACUAAACUGUCUUAGCCUUUACCGUGGAUUUUCAAACGUUCACGAUCUGAGCUUAUUUUUAAGGUGUACCGGUCAGUACAGUUGGGCAGCUGCAUCAAUUGAGCUUUCGGUAGGUACUUUAAGUAGGGUUAUUAAAGUGUAUCAAGAAAUGUAUCAAAAUAGCCAUGUAUACCCAUGUAUAGCCAUGUAUACCUAUGUAUAGCUAUGUAUACCCAUGUAAUGCCAUGUAUUGCCAUGUAUACCCAUGUAUAGCCAUGUAUACCUAUGUAUAGCUAUGUAUACCCAUGUAAUGCCAUGUAUUGCCAUGUAUAUCCAUGUAUAGCCAUGUAUACCCAUGUAUAGCCAUGUAUUGCCAUGUAUUACCAUGUAUUGCCAUGUAUUACCAUGUAUCACCAUGUAUUACCAUGUAUAGCCAUGUAUAGCCAUGUAUAGCCAUGUAUUGCCAUGUAUAGCCAUGUAUUACCACGUAUACCCAUGUAUAGCCAUGUAUAGCCAUGUAUAGCCAUGUAUAGCCAUGUAUUGCCAUGUAUACCCAUGUAUAGCCAUGUAUACCCAUGUAUAGCCAUGUAUUACCAUGUAAUACCAUGUAUUGCCAUGUAUUACCAUGUAUCACCAUGUAUUACCAUGUAUAGCCAUGUAUAGCCAUGUAUAGCCAUGUAUUACCAUGUAUCACCAUGUAUUACCAUGUAUAGCAAUGUAUAGCCAUGUAUUACCAUGUAUUACCAUGUAUAGCCAUGUAUAGCCAUGUAUAGCCAUGUAUACCUAUGUAUAGCCAUGUAUACCCAUGUAUAGCCAUGUAUUGCCAUGUAUUACCAUGUAUUGCCAUGUAUUACCAUGUAUAGUCAUGUAUAGCCAUGCAUAGCCAUGUAUUGCCAUGUAUCACCAUGUAUUACCAUGUAUAGCAAUGUAUAGCCAUGUAUACCUAUGUAUAGCCAUGUAUACCCAUGUAUAGCCAUGUAUUGCCAUGUAUUACAAUGUAUCACCAUGUAUUACCAUGUAUAGCCAUGUAUAGCAAUGUAUAGCCAUGUAGAGCCAUGUAUAGCCAUGUAAUGUCAUGUAUAGCCAUGUAUUACCAUGUAUCACCAUGUAUUGCCGUGUAUACCCAUAUAUAGCCAUGUACAGCCAUGUAUUGCCAUGUAUACAAAUGUAUAGCCAUGUAUUGCCAUGUAUUACCAUGUAUUGCCAUGUAUUACCAUGUAUCACCAUGUAUUACCAUGUAUAGCCAUGUAUAGCCAUGUAUAGCUAUGUAUUACCAUGUAUCACCAUGUAUUACCAUGUAUAGCAAUGUAUAGCCAUGUAUAGCCAUGUAUAGCCAUGUAAUGUCAUGUAUAGCCAUGUAUUACCAUGUAUCACCAUGUAUUGCCAUGUAUACCCAUGUAUAGCCAUGUAUACCUAUGUAUAGCCAUAUAUACCCAUGUAUAGCCAUGUAUUGCCAUGUAUAGCCAUGUAUUGCCAUGUAUACCCAUGUGUAGCCAUGUAUAGCCAUGUAUUACCAUGUACAGCCAUGUAUUACCAUGUAUAGCCAUGUAUUACCAUGUAUCACCAUGUAUUGCCAUGUAUUACCAUGUAUUAUUAUGUAUCACCAUGUAUUACCAUGUAUAGCCAUGUAUAGCCAUGUAUAGCCAUUUAUAGCCAUGUAUUGCCAUGUAUCACCAUGUAUUACCAUGUAUAGCAAUGUAUAGCCAUGUAGAGCCAUGUAUAGCCAUGUAAUGUCAUGUAUAGCCAUGUAUAGCCAGGUAUAGCCAUGUAUUACCAUGUAUCACCAUGUAUUACCAUGUAUAGCAAUGUAUAGCCAUGUAUAGCCAUGUAUAGCCAUGUAAUGUCAUGUAUAGCCAUGUAUUACCAUGUAUCACCAUGUAUUGCCAUGUAUACCCAUGUAUAGCUAUGUAUAGCCAUGUAUUGCCAUGUAUACCCAUGUAUAGCCAUGUAUUGCCAUGUAUAGCCAUGUAUUGCCAUGUAUAGCCAUGUAUUGCCAUGUAUAGCCAUGUAUUGCCAUGUAUACCCAUGUAUAGCCAUGUAUACCCAUGUAUAGCCAUGUAUUGCCAUGUAUUACCAUGUAUUGCCAUGUAUGACCAUGUAUCAACAUGUAUUACCAUGUAUAACCAUGUAUAGCCAUGUAUAGCCAUGUAUAGCCAUGUAUUACAAUGUAUCACCAUAUAUUACCAUGUAUAGCAAUGUAUAGCCAUGUAUAGCCAUGUAUAGCCAUGUAAUGUCAUGUAUAGCCAUGUAUUACCAUGUAUCACCAUGUAUUGCCAUGUAUACCCAUGUAUAGCCAUGUAUACCUAUGUAUAGCCAUGUAUACCCAUGUAUAGCUAUGUAUUGCCAUGUAUUGCCAUGUAUUGCCAUGUAUACCCAUGUAUAGCCAUGUAUAGCCAUGUAUACCCAUAUAUAGCCAUGUAUACCCAUGUAUAGCGAUGUAUUGCCAUGUAUCACCAUGUAUUGCCAUGUUUUACCAUGUAUCACCAUGUAUUACCAUGUAUAGCCAUGUAUAGCCAUGUAUAGCCAUGUAUAGCCAUGUAUAGCCAUGUAUUGCCAUGUAUACCCAUGUAUAGCCAUGUAUACCCAUGAAUAGCCAUGUAUUGCCAUGUAUUACCAUGUAUCACCAUGUAUUACCAUGUAUAGCCAUGUAUAGCCAUAUAUAGCCAUGUAUUACCAUGUAUCACCAUGUAUUACCAUGUAUAGCAAUGUAUAGCCAUGUAAUGUCAUGUAUAGCCAUGUAUUACCAUGUAUCACCAUGUAUUGCCAUGUAUACCCAUGUAUAGCCAUGUAUACCUAUGUAUAGCUAUGUAUAUCCAUGUAAUGCCAUGUAUUGCCAUGUAUACCCAUGUAUAGCCAUGUAUACCCAUGUAUAGCCUUGUUUUGCCAUGUAUAGCUAUGUAUUGCCAUGUAUACCCAUGUAUAGCCAUGUAUAGCCAUGUAUUACCAUGUACAGCCAUGUAUUACCAUGUAUAGCCAUGUAUAGCUAUGUAUUACCAUGUAUCACCAUGUAUUGCCAUGUAUUACCAUGUAUUAUUAUGUAUCACCAUGUAUUACCAUGUAUAGCCAUGUAUAGCCAUGUAUUACCAUGUAUCACCAUGUAUUACCAUGUAUAGCAAUGUAUAGCCAUGUAUAGCCAUGUAAUGUCAUGUAUAGCCAUGUAUUACCAUGUAUCACCAUGUAUUGCCAUGUAUAGCCAUGUAUAGCCAUGUAUCGCCAUGUAUUACCAUGUAUCACCAUGUAUUACCAUGUAUAGCAAUGUAUAGCCAUGUAUAGCUAUGUAUAGCCAUGUAUAGCCAUGUUUACCAUGUAUUACCAUGUAUAGCAAUGUACAGCCAUGUAUAGCCAUGUAUAGCCAUGUAAUGUCAUGUAUAGCCAUGUAUUACCAUGUAUCACCAUGUAUUGCCAUGUAUAGCCAUGUAUAGCCAUGUAUUACCAUGUAUCACCAUGUAUUACCAUGUAUAGCCAUAUAUAGCCAUGUAUUGCCAUGUAUAGCCAUGUAUUGCCAUGUAUACCCAUGUAUAGCCAUGUAUACCCAUGUAUAGCCAUGUAUUACCAUGUACUGUUAUGUCUAGCCAUGUAUUGUCAUGUUUUACUAUGUAUUACCAUGUAUUGCCAUGUAUUACUAUGUAUAGCCAUGUAGUGCCAUGUACAGCCAUGUGAUUCCAUGUAUUACUAUGUAUUGCCAUGUAUUGCCAUGUAUUGCCAUGUAUAGCCAUGUAAUGACAUGCAUAGUUAUUUAAUGCCAUGUAUUGCCAUGUAUUGCCAUGUAUUACUAUGUAUUACCAUGUAUUGCCAUGUAUUGCCAUGUAUAGCCAUGUAUUGCCAUUUAUAACCAUGUACUGCCAUGUAUAUAGCCAUGUAUUGCCUUGUCUUUCCAUGUAUUGCCAUGUAUAGCCAAUUACUGCCAUGUUUCGCCAUCUAUUACCAUGUAUUGCCAUGUAUCCUCAUGUACUGCCAUGUAUUGUCAUGUAUUGCCAUGCAUUACCAUGUAAUGCCAUUAAAAAUAGGAUGGGUUUAUAAAUUGAGGGUCUUCUUUUCUGAAUUUUACGGCAUUUUGCUAGCUUGAGACUAUAGGAAAUCCUAUUUUCAGAUUUCAGAUUUAUUUUUGCAAUCUUGCAUACUGUGAAUUUACGGCGAGUCAGUCAUGAAAUUUUUGCCGGCUUAGUUGUCCUGAAUUUUUAGAUAUAUUUUAUGCCUUUAAAAUUGUUAUAAAUCUUUUUAAAUGAAGAGGUUCUGAAUGGAUGUUUUCUUGAAAUAAUCACUGUUCUGUACGCAUGUACGAAUGCCGAUUUGAAUUUAACACUAUAAGAGGGAACGACUAAGGGACUCAUUUUUCAACUGAAUAAUCAAUUUAUUAAUAGAAUCUAUGGAGGUAUGUUUGACAAUACUGUGACAAUAGUGUAUUUGAUUCAUUGGUCCUGGUGGUGGACUUAACCCUCCCCUCACAGCCAUCCUCUCCACGCACUUAUUUAUGUUUUCAGCGAGUCACUUCCAGUCAGUACAGGAAUUGAUAGUUCUGCAACGUGCGGAAAAAUGGAUGUUUUCGAAACGCCAAUAUCGGCUAAAAAAAAGAUAUAUUUAAUGUAUAGUAUAUGGCCUCGAUCUUCAUGAGUUCUCAAAAGUUCAAAGUGGAUAGAGAGCGCCAGCCUUGUGUAUGGGAGGUCAUAUCUAUGCAUCUUGUUGGGGACUCAGAUGUUGUCUUUGUUCCACGCUAGUGACAUGUUGAUUAUUUCAUUUUUACAUAAUUUCAAAUGUUAGAAAAUUAUUUUAAAAUAUCCGCUUUUUUGUCAUUACCAAUAAUAAUCUGAAGUCUGUGCCCUUUCUGCACCUGAUCUCAUAGACAACAGAAGUUUACUUCAAGGGGUUCAAAAGGUCAUGGUUCAAGGUUUUUAAAUUGGUGGAUUUCGAUCCGUUUGGUGUGUUUCUGUGUUUCAAUGAAGGUUCGUUGUUUAUAAACUUUAAUUUUCGCGUUUUCUCACGUGUUAUAUUUUUUUAGAUUCCCAAAUUGAAAUAUUCAAGGAUUUUGACAACGCUAGUCCCUUGUUACCCGAAAAAACUGUUAGCUCACACAUGUUAAAACUUUAAUUUUGCUAUUAUUGCCUGUUACUGAAUACGCAUGCUCUGUUUGUCGUUAUAGCCUCCCGCAACACCUUCGGGUUGAUGUAGAGAGAUGUCAAAGGCGGUUUUCCUACGAUGACAGCGCUCUUCAUGACUCAGCUAGUCGCCUUACAAGAAUACCGCGAGUUCUUAAUUGACAACCUUUUAUAUUCCAUUCUGUGUAAUCCUUCACACAAGCUGUACAAAAGAAAACGAACAAAAGAAAACGUUAACCCCCUAUCCCUUGCGGCCCCUAUCUAUAAAAGAAAUCGAUCUUUUUUUCUGGUAUAGUGACUACAAAUAACAACUGUAAGUACUUUCCGUAAUAAACGGGCGAGCUAAUAGAGUGCUUCCUCGGAAUUUCGCCUUAUGGGCGAAAUCCCUGCUCUUCGGGACCAAUAAGUUCUUAACUGACUUUCAACGAGGGUAUUUUCUAAAGUGACGAAUGGCACUUGAAUAUCUUUGUCAACUAGUAUCCGUUUACAAUCCUGAAAGAACGUUGCCCUCCCCAAAAAACUAUAUUUUCAUUCGGAAAAAAAGCCUUUUCUUGGGCUACCCCUGAACUAUGUAACAGACAAAAAAAAGACUUUAAUCCAACUUAAGACAUACAUAGUAAAUACAUGGCCACACAUGGCAAUACAUAGCAAUACAGAGUAAUUAAUAGCACUACAUAGCAAUACAUGGCUAUACACGCAGUACAUGUCAAUACAUGUAAUACAUGGGAGUACAUGGCUGUACAUGACAGUACACGGCCAUACAUGGCAGUACAUGGCAAUACAUCGCUAUACAUAGCAAAACAUAGUAAUGCAUCGUAAUACAUAGUAAUACAUGGCAAAACAUGGUAAUACAAAGUAAUACAUGGUAAUACAUAGCGAUACAUGGCAGCACAUGGUAAUACAUGGCGAUACAUGGUAAUACAUGGCAAUAAAUGGCUAUACAUGGCUAUACAUGGUAAUACAUGGCAAUACAUCGCAUUACAUGGGUAUUCAUGGCUAUACAUGGUAAUACAUGGCAAUACAUGGGUAUACAUGGUAAUGCAUGGCUAUACAUGGUAAUACAUGGCAAUAUACAUGGUAAUACAUGGCAAUACAUGGCUAUAUAUGGCUAUACAUGGUAAUACAUGGCAAUACAUGGCAUUACAUGGGUAUACAUGGCUAUACAUGGCAAUACAUGGCAAUACAUGGCAUUACAUGGGUAUACAUGGGUAUACAUGGCUAUACAUGGCUAUACAUGGUAAUACAUGGCGAUACAUGGUAAUACAUGGCGAUACAUGGUAAUACAUGGCAAUACAUGGUAAUACACGGCAAUACAUGGCUAUACAUGGUAAUACAUGGCAAUACAUGGCAUUACAUAGGUAUACAUGGCUAUACAUGGCUAUACAUGGCAAUACAUGGCUAUACAUGGGUAUACAUGGGUAUACAUGGCUAUACAUGGUAAUACACGGCAAUAUAUGGGUAUACAUGACAAUACAUGGGUAUACAUGGUAAUACAUGGCAAUACACGGUAAUACAUGGCAGUACAUGGCAAUACCUGGAUAUACAUGGUAAUACAUGGCUAUACAUAACAUUACAUGGCUAUACAUGGCUAUACAUGGUACUGCAUGGCAAUACAUGGCUAUACAUGGCAAUACAUGGCUAUACAUGGGUAUACAUGGCAAUACAUGGCUAUAGCUGGUAAUACAUGGCUAUACAUGGGUAUACAUGGCAAUACAUGGCAUUACAUGGCUAUACAUGGUAAUAUAUGGCAAUACAUGGUAAUACAUGGCAAUACAUGGUAAUACAUGGCAAUACAUGGCUAUACAUGGGUAUAAAUGGCUAUACAUGGGUAUACAUGGCAAUACAUGAAAAUACAUGGCUAUACAUGGCUAUACAUGGCUAUACAUGGGUAUACAUGGCAAUACAUGGCAUUACAUGGGUAUACAUAGCUAUACAUACGUAUACAUGGGUAUACAUGGCAAUACAUGGCAUUACAUGGCUAUACAUGGCUAUACAUGGGUAUACAUGGCUAUACAUGGGUAUACAUGGCUAUAUAUGGCUAUACCUGGUAAUACAUGGCUAUACAUGGCAGUACAUGGCUAUAAAUGGCUAUACAUGGUAAUAUAUGGCUAUACAUGGUAAUACAUGGCAAUACAUGGUAAUACAUGGCAAUACAUGGCUAUACAUGCGUAUACAUGGCUAUACAUGGGUAUACAUGGCAAUACAUGGCUAUACAUGGGUAUACAUGGCAAUACAUGGCUAUACAUGGCAAUACAUGGCUAUACAUGGCAAUACAUGGCUAUACAUGGUAAUACAUGGUGAUACAUGGUAAUACAUGGUAAUACAUGGCAAUACAUGGCUAUACAUGGAUAUACAUGGCUAUAAAUGGGUAUACAUGGCAAUACAUGGCUAUACAUGGCAAUACAUGGCAAUACAUGGCUAUACAUGGCAAUACAUGGCUAUACAUGGCUAUACAUGGUAAUACAUGGUGAUACAUGGUAAUACAUGGCAGUACAUGGUAAUACAUGGCAAUACAUUGCUAUACACGGGUAUGCAUGGCUAUACAUGGGUAUACAUGGCAAUACAUGGCAAUACAUAGCAAUACAUGGCUAUACAUGGCAGUACAUGGCUAUAAAUGGCUAUACAUGGUAAUAUAUGGCAAUACAUGGUAAUACAUGGCAAUACAUGGUAAUACAUGGCAAUACAUAGCUAUACAUGGGUAUACAUGGCUAUACAUGGGUAUACAUGGCAAUACAUGGCUAUACAUGGCAAUACAUGGCAAUACAUGGCUAUACAUGGCAAUACAUGGCUAUACAUGGCUAUACAUGGUAAUACAUGGUGAUACAUGGUAAUACAUGGCAAUACAUGGUAAUACAUGGCAAUACAUGGCUAUACAUGGGUAUACAUGGCUAUACAUGGGUAUACAUGGCAAUACAUGGCAAUACAUGGCUAUACAUGGCUAUGCAUGGCUAUACAUGGUAAUACAUGGUGAUACAUGGUAAUACAUGGCUAUACAUGGUAAUACAUGGCAAUACAUGGCUAUACAUGGGUAUACAUGGCUAUACAUGGGUAUACAUGGCAAUACAUGGCUAUACAUGGCAAUACAUGGCUAUACAUGGCAAUACAUGGCUAUACAUGGCUAUACAUGGUAAUACAUGGUGAUACAUGGUAAUACAUGGCAAUACAUGGCUAUACAUGGGUAUACAUGGCAAUACAUGGCUAUACAUGGCAAUACAUGGCAAUACAUGGCUAUACAUUGCAAUACAUGGCUAUAAAUGGCUAUACAUGGUAAUACAUGGCAAUACAUGGCUAUACAUGCCUAUACAUGGCUAUACAUGGGUAUACAUGGCAAUACAUGGCUAUACAUGGGUAUACAUGGCAAAACAUGGCUAUACAUGGCAAUACAUGGCUAUACAUGGCUAUACAUGGUAAUACAUGGUGAUACAUGGUAAUACAUGACAAUACAUGGUAAUACAUGGCAAUACAUGGCUAUACAUGGAUAUACAUGGCUAUAAAUGGGUAUACAUGGCAAUACAUGGCUAUACAUGGCAAUACAUGGCAAUACAUGGCUAUACAUGGCAAUACAUGGCUAUACAUGGCUAUACAUGGUAAUACAUGGUGAUACAUGGUAAUACAUGGCAAUACAUGGUAAUAAAUGGCAAUACAUGGCUAUACAUGGGUAUACAUGGCUACACAUGGGUAUACAUGGCAAUACAUGGCAAUACAUGGCAAUACAUGGCUAUACAUGGCUAUACAUGGUGAUACAUGGUAAUACAUGGCUAUACAUGGUAAUACAUGGCAAUACAUGGCUAUACAUGGGUAUACAUGGCUAUACAUGGGUAUACAUGGCAAUACAUGGCUCUACAUGGCAAUACAUGGCUAUACAUGGCUAUACAUGGUAAUACAUGGUGAUACAUGGUAAUACAUGGCAAUACAUGGCUAUACAUGGGUAUACAUGGCAAUACAUGGCUAUACAUGGCAAUACAUGGCAAUACAUGGCUAUACAUGGCAAUACAUGGCUAUACAUGGCUAUACAUGGUAAUACAUGGUGAUACAUGGUAAUACAUGGCAAUACAUGGUAAUACAUGGCAAUACAUGGCUAUACAUGGAUAUACAUGGCUAUAAAUGGGUAUACAUGGCAAUACAUGGCUAUACAUGGCAAUACAUGGCUAUACAUGGUAAUACAUGGUGAUACAUGGUAAUACAUGGCAGUAUAUGGUAAUACAUGGCAAUACAUGGCUAUACACGGGUAUGCAUGCUAUACAUGGGUAUACAUGGCAAUACAUGGCAAUACAUGGCAAUACAUGGCUAUACAUGGCAGUACAUGGCUAUAAAUGGCUAUACAUGGUAAUAUAUGGCAAUACAUGGUAAUACAUGGCAAUACAUGGUAAUACAUGGUAAUACAUGGCUUUACAUGGGUAUACAUGGCUAUACAUGGGUAUACAGGGCAAUACAUGGCUAUACAUGGCAAUACAUGGCAACACAUGGCUAUACAUGGCAAUACAUGGCUAUACAUGGCUAUACAUGGUAAUACAUGGUGAUACAUGGUAAUACAUGGCAAUACAUGGUAAUACAUGGCAAUACAUGGCUAUACACGGGUAUACAUGGCUAUACAUGGGUAUACAUGGCAACACAUGGCAAUACAUGGCUAUACAUGGCUAUACAUGGUGAUACAUGGUAAUACAUGGCUAUACAUGGUAAUACAUGGCAAUACAUGGCUAUACAUGGGUAUACAUGGCUAUACAUGGGUAUACAUGGCAAUACAUGGCUAUACAUGGCAAUACAUGGCUAUACAUGGCUAUACAUGGUAAUACAUGGUGAUACAUGGUAAUACAUGGCAAUACAUGGCUAUACAUGGGUAUACAUGGCAAUACAUGGCUAUACAUGGCAAUACAUGGCAAUACAUGGCUAUACAUGGCAAUACAUGGCUAUACAUGGCUAUACAUGGUAAUACAUGGUGAUACAUGGUAAUACAUGGCAAUACAUGGUAAUACAUGGCAAUACAUGGCUAUACAUGGCUAUACAUGGCUAUACAUGGUAAUACAUGGUGAUACAUGGUAAUACAUGGCUAUACAUUGUAAUACAUGGCAAUACAUGGCUAUACAUGGGUAUACAUGGCAAUACAUGGCUAUACAUGGCAAUACAUGGCUAUACAUAGUUAUACAUGACAUUACAUGGGUAUACAUGUCGAUACAUUAUUUUAAAUGCAUUCUUGAUACACUUUAAUAACCCUACUUAAAGUACCUACCGAGCUUUCUAGGUUACUGACCACUCCCCCCGCCCCUCCCCCGUUAAGUCAACAGUAACACUUUUUCCUUACUUAGGGCAAAAUUGUAACUUAGCUCUGAAAAGUAGCUCUUAUUUGAAUGAUCAAAAUUAAUAUGUCAUCAAUGUAGUCAAAUGUUAAUACUACCUUUAACAGCUUAAUAAACAGUGCCGCUGGAAAUCUUUGUCAAGUACAAGCUUUCAUUCGAAUGGCCAUACUAAAAGAUUGUCAAAUGUUAGAAGUUGAAAUCAACAGUAUACGCUGGAAUCUCUCAGAUCUCUGAUCAGCAGCUUUUGUUGGGAUUGUUAUUGUUAAACUAUUAUCUAAACUUAGUAGUUAAAACCAAAGCAAAGUAAACCGCUGUGGAAAGUACUAUUAAAAGUAGUUUUAGCGUUAGUUUCUUCAUUGUCACAGAUUUAAUUGCCAUACAAUUGGGUGUGGGUUCCUGGUUUCUAAGGAUUACUUUGCACUUUUCAGUGCAUACUUCAAGGAGACCUGAAAGCCGCUGAGCAACUGAAAAAGGAGUUCAAGAUUCCGGAUAAAAGGUUUGUAACAUUUUUUUAUCAGAGACUGUAAACAACGAGACCUUUCUCAUCUGAGGGAACCUUUUUUGAAACAACCUUUAGCUACACCACGUUGAACAAAGGCUUACUUGUUCACACCACUGAUUUGUAGCCUGAGUAGAAUACAUUUGAAGGGGAAGGGAAAUGUGGGAAUUAGGGCGCGUUAGGGAGGAGGAAAUUUAGACGCAGUCGUUUAGGAAAACAUUGGACUUCCAGAUCCUUUUCUUAAGGGGUUAAUUGAAGAAAAUAAGUGCCUUUCCAGUCUACACUAUAUACUUUCUUGAGAUUUUUCACUUAAAAUGGUGUUUAGAUAAAAACGUUGAGCAAACUGAAAAUGGCCAAGAACGCGGUUUUGUUAAACACGGGUUAAACUGGCCCAAAUGGUCUCUCUACUUUCAUCCUCGCGCGUCCAUCGCGUUCUCGUUCUCACACGGGCUGUUUUCAAAAUAGCCUGUACUAUGUAUAGGUAAGGCUUCUUUGGUCACACCCUGAUUUGUAGUCUAUGUGGCAAGCAUUUGAAGUGGAGUGAAAGAGGGGGAGGGGGUAAGGGCGCGCGAGGAGGGAGAGAAGAAAGGGUUUCCGUCCUUUCCUCCUCGCGCAUUCAUCGCGUUCUCGUUUUCACACGGCCCGUUUUCGAAAUAGCCUGUAGUUGUACCACGUACAGCUUAUGUUUGCUAGUUAAAACCCCUGAUUUGUAGCCUGUGUGGCAGGCAAUUGAAGGAGUAGUGAAAGGAGGGGGAGGGAAUCAGGACGCGCGAGGAAAAAUAGCAGACAGGAUUUCCUUCCCUUCCUCCUCGCGCGGACAUCGCGUUCACGCGCACCUCAGUUAUUCCUCCUUUUCCUACCCCUUCAAACUCCUUCCUCAUAGUUUAGCUCAUUUGCCGCAUUGUCUUGUCUUUAGGCUUUACUGGCUGAAAGUCACAACUGGCUGGAACUCGACAAGUUUUCCAAGGCUCGUAAAUCUCUAAUUGGAUACGAGGUAAGUUUAUUGACAAUGUUUUCCAAAAUAAUCAAGCAAUGUGCUCAACUAGGGACAGAUACGAGCAAAGCCAAUCCUUUAAACCCUAAAAUCCUGACUCACUUACGCAGGUAAUUUGAGACCUUACCAAACUACCAUGGCGACGGGAAUGGAAAGGCCUAAAACACAAUAGGUUAAUGAAGGAGUGGAACAACAGCUCUACACGUCCAUCAAUCUUUUUUGUAAUUUUUUUUGCCUUUCCCACACAUCUACGAUAGGACAUGACUAAAUUUGCGAAAAUUGAGAAUGGGACUCCCCCUACCUUCAGCUCCAACCUAAUUUCCCUUCUUUUAAGUAACUAGACGAAUUGAAAUGAUGCGAAGUCAAUUUUUCAUCGACCUUUUCCAUUGGCGUCGCCGUUAUCAGAUCGUAAGUACAGGUGGUUAGGGUCUACGCCUUGUUACGGCGGUGGUCAAAACAAGGACAAGUUUGUGAAGAGAAAAAAGGAAGCGGAAACGGGUUUGUAACAGAGUCGAACGUUUCUACAACGGCUCCCUUGAGAGCAAAGUGCCUUUUCUAGAGGAGUUGCCUUUGUGGGGAAUAAGGGGCAUCUCGAACACUCCGCAAUAUCCCUGGAACAUCCCCCGGAAUCUGGGAGUAAGUAAAAUGAAAAACACAAAAAGAAACCCUAACCCCACUGUGUAAGAUAUUAAAUGUUCAAGAGUGAAUGUACGGACUGUCUGGCGGAAUAAAAAUCAUGCUAGUCUUGGACAGAUGGCGAUUGGAAGAUUCGUAGGUAUUUAUCAAAAAGCAUUUAUUUCUUUUGUAUUAAAGGCUACGUUCAUGAGUUCCCAUGACUGUAACAUUGUGAAUAAACAUUCCAAUGUGAAGACGCUGUAAAUUUUAUUUACGUUGCUUUUUUUAUAGCCAUUUUUUGAAGUAUGCCCGGAAUGCAACAACAGAAUAGAAGCGGAGAAAUAUGUCUCCAGAGUUCUCCUCGAAAAGAAAGUGACGUGUUAUGUGAAACUCGGGUGAGUUUAUCAGUUCAUUGAAGUUCUUACUUUACUCAAAGGCUGACUAAACAAACUUACCUUGUGUAGUGGUCACUUGUGUUGCAACCAUGCCGUUCAUCCUUUCACUGAAUCCGCUGACCACAAAACCCUGGGCGUAUACAAAUUCGUAAGUGAUUGGGAACAAUAACUCGAGUUCUGCACUGCUAAUUGAUGCUACCCUGAGAAAAUAGCUGACAUUUUGUGAUUCCACCACUGGUUUCCUCGCGAACUGGUCUGAAGAAUGUUUGCAGAUAUUCCAUACUGAUAUGACGUGUAGCUUUCUAUCAGUAAAAACAAAAUUGACUGGUUUGUUGGCUAGGACUCGUCAUUUAAUUCCUUUGAUUUUGAUUUAAUUAUUUGAUUUCGGGCCUGAAAAGUUACCGGAACUUUCGAGAAACGGGCUAAUCAUAUUCCACCUACUUAUAAACGACAUUUUAACUUUUGUCCCAGGAAAUACGAAGAUGCGGCGAAAACAGCUUUUGCUCAGAAAAGCGAGGAGGGCCAGGAUUUAGUCCUUGGAAAAUGUGCAACUUCAAAUCGUCCGUUGGUGAACCGCAUUUAA